GUUCGAACCCCAGGCGCUACUCAAUUUUCAUUUUUCCUCCAAAUCGGUGCUCCUAUCCCCUCCUAGGCUGCCCUGCCCUGCCGCCGAGUGCGGCAUCCGGCCGCCGCCGCCGCCUGGACGCGCGCCGUCUACGGCCUCCGCCCGCGCACCGCCUGCAAGCUCCGGUCGCCGCCGGGACGCGCGCACCCUGCGGGCUUCGGUCGCGCUCCGCCGCUUGCUGGAUCCGGCUACCGCCGCCUGGACGCGCGCCGUCUCCGGCCUCCACCCGCGCGCCGCCUCCGCCGCCUGCUGGGUCCGGCCUCCGCCCGCCCUCGCCCGCACGCCCGCGCAUGCCGCCACCGCUCACCCGCGCAGGCCACCGCGGCGCACUCGCCCGUGCCGGCUGACACCGCGCGCUCCGACCUGCAUUGCUCUCUCCCUCAGCCCUGAAACCUAGGUCGUCUUCUCCGCCCUCUCCCUCACCGGAUCUACUCCUCCCUUGACUGGAUCUGCAUCGACGAAGCGUUCUUCUGGUUGGUCGUGGUCCUGUUCUCAUCGCCUUGGAGCUUGGCCCGUACGUCGGGUUAGGGUUGGCUCGGGCUUCGUGGUCCGUGGGGUGGGGGUGCGGCCGAUGCGGCGAUCGGGAGGCUGUAGCAGCGGCGGGGGAGGGGGAUCUUCGGGGAGGAUUCUCGAGCGAUGGCCGCAGACGCGCUCUGCGUCAUCCGUGGCGCCAUGCUGCCGAACCUCUCCAACAAGCUCUACGAGAAGCGGAAGAACGCUGUGCUUGAGAUUGAGGGGAUCGUGAAGCAGCUCGCAACUGCUGGGGAGCACGAUAAGAUUUCAGUGGUCAUCUCGCUGCUCAUCAAUGAUUUCACCUACUCGCCACAAGCGACCCAUCGGAAGCAGGGUGGGUUGAUUGGCUUCGCAGCAGUUACCGUCGGACUCACCAGUGAGGCAGCUCAACAAGCUUGCUGCUGCCUCGAGGAAAUCCAUGUGAAGGAUAUUGAACAAUCAAAUUUCCAGGAGAAAAAUCAGAGCUGAGUUAUGCUUUCGAAUGGAGGAGGAUAUAUCCACAAUAAACUAGCAAACACACAAGAGCAAUGCCAAACAGAUGUUGGGAAGGCUGUGAAGGUGGGCCUUCAAUGGCCUUCAAAGCUCAGAGUACAUGACCCGAGACAAAAGAUGCUUGCAUAAGCAAUGUCAACAAGUACAACACUGUUGAGAUCUCUCUUCUGCUUUGUGAUGAUAAUUGAAGCAUGUUCAGUUACAUACACGAGUUGUUCAUAGCUUUCCUGAAUUAAUCAUUUUACUUUUUGUAAUAGAGUAAUAGAUUAUAUCAGAGCUGUAGUUACAGCGAUCUCAAUAAUUUCUUUCCUUGCUUUACAGGACUGAACUGUGCUGUUUUAGUGGCUAAAAGAUUUACCCACCGAAGGGCAUUAGGUUCAUUUAUGCUGAUUCCCAGAUAAUUCCAUUCCGAUAUGGAUGUUAUUGACAUAUAUGUAGAAUUUUUGUGUACUGUUUGAUCAAUAUACAUGCUGGGAUGUUGAGGAAGCAGAAGCUGCGGCAUGCUUGGAAGGGAUGCCGCCACAGCUGGUGACCAUCUCAAUAUGGACAUUCAAAUGGAGGAAGGAAAUUUUACUCUAUGGAUGUGUUUGUGUAAUCAAAAUAAUAACUCUAUCCUUUGUGUGAAACACAUAUUUCUCAGUUUGGACUAUGGAUCAUGUAUUUUUUGGUGUACGUUUGAAAUUUACCCGUGGCGUUAGCACGGGCAACUACUA